AUGGGGAAUAAGCAGACCAUCUUCACGGCGCAGCAGCUCGACGCCUAUCAGGACUGCACUUAUUUUACAAGAAAGGAAAUUCUCAGACUCUUCAACCGCUAUCGGGAUUUGGCACCGCAGCUCGUUCCUCUUGACUACACCAACCAGCCAGAUGUGAAGCUACCAUAUGAGCUGAUUGGCAGCAUGCCAGAGCUGAAGGACAAUCCGUUCCGUCAGAGGAUCGCCGAGGUUUUCUCGGAGGACGGGGAGGGCAACAUGACCCUGGAUGACUUCCUGGACAUGUUCUCAGUGCUCAGCGAGAUGGCUCCGCGAGACCUCAAGGCCUACUACGCCUUCAAGAUAUACGACUUCAACAACGACGACUUCAUCUGCAAGUCGGACCUGGAGAAGACGCUGAACAAACUGACCCGCAACGAGCUGACGGAGGAGGAGGUGAGGAUGGUGUGCGAGAAGGUCAUCGACGAGGCCGACCUGGACAACGACGGACGCCUGUCGCUGGAGGACUUCCAGCACAUGAUCGUUCGAGCUCCAGACUUCCUCAGCACCUUCCACAUAAGGAUCUGA